CUGAGCUCCGCAGUGUGGAGCUGCAUCCACUCAGCACGGAGCUCCAGUAGUGAUUGAUAGUGAUGGUGAACACUGGGGGGGAUGGAGCCCCCUGAAACCUUCAGGACAUGUCUGCGAGUGAACUUCACCAAAUAUCUGGAGGCUACAAUCUCCUGACUCCCAGAGCAGUGCAGAGUGCCCGGGCGUAAUGUGAUUGCUCUUUUUAAUCAGUUUGACAGCAGCUGGAGCCCCGGCAGUCCUCGCCCGACCAGCGGUGGAGCCGUAAAUCUCUGUAGAACAGCCUAAAAAACAGCAUAGGGACUGUUUUUCAGAGUUGAGGAAAACUCUACAAUCUUUAAACAUGGCCAUGUUUGAGCUAAAGAAAGAAAGCUGAACUCUUAAAACAUCUUUACACAACUUUCUAACAAUCAUGGCAGGCUGUUUUUAUCUAGAAACUUCCUAUUCUCAGCAUGUUCCUCACUAACCAGAAAGUCCUAAGACUCCAACUGGCAGCUUAAUCCAUCUGGUUGCUUGAUCGCUGGUUCUGACCUCGCCACAAGGAAUAAAAGCACCGUUGCAAUAGUCCCGUGAAUACCAGCAAUGCCCCAUCUCAACGUUACGACGUUACACUCCUCGAACUUUACCAACAUCCCAGAAUCGGGCAAUCUGUACCGUCCGUUUUCUGUCUUCAGCGUCCUCACCCUCACCCUCCUCGCCAUGCUCGUCGUGGCCACAUUCGUCUGGAACCUCCUGGUCCUGGUGACCAUCCUGAGGGUGCGAACCUUUCACCGCGUUCCUCACAACCUGGUGGCCUCCAUGGCCAUCUCCGACGUGAUGGUGGCGGGUCUGGUGAUGCCGCUGAGUCUGGUGCGGGAGCUGUACGGUCGGCGCUGGAUCCUGGGCCGAAUCCUCUGCCAGGUGUGGAUCUCCUGUGACGUGCUCUGCUGCACGGCCAGCAUUUGGAACGUGACGGCCAUAGCCCUGGACCGCUACUGGUCCAUCACGCGGCAUCUGGAGUACACGCUCAAGACCCGGAAGAGGAUCUCCAACGUGAUGAUCGGACUAACGUGGCUCCUCUCCUCGGUUAUCUCCCUCUCGCCGCUCUUCGGCUGGGGAGAGACGUAUUCCGAGGAGUCGCUGGCCUGUCAGGUCAGCCAGGAACCUUCGUACACAGUCUUCUCGACUUUUGGGGCUUUCUACCUGCCUCUGUGUGUGGUGCUGUUUGUUUACUGGAAGAUCUACAAGGCGGCCAAGUUUCGCAUCGGAUCCAGAAAGACCAACACCAUCAUGCCCAUGGCUGAGGUCAUUGAGGUGAAGGAGGCCAGCCAGCAGCCUCAGAUGGCCUUCACGGUGCGGCACACGGCCGUCUCCUUCCAGACGGAUGGCGAGACGUGGCGGGAGCAGAAGGAGCGGCGGGCGGCGCUGAUGGUGGGCAUUCUGAUCGGGGUCUUCGUCCUCUGCUGGAUCCCGUUCUUCCUGGCCGAACUCAUCACCCCGCUGUGCUCCUGCGACAUCCCUCCGGCCUGGAAGAGCGUCUUCCUGUGGCUGGGCUACUCCAACUCCUUCUUCAACCCGCUCAUCUACACCGCCUUCAAUAAGAACUACAACAGCGCCUUCAGAAACCUCUUCUCCAGGCAGCGCUGACUGAACACGGCUGUGUGAACUACAGUAUUUACUGUAUGAUCCAUACAGUCAUUCUGACAGACUGUAAUGCACUACAGGAAGUGUAGGGGGCGCUCUACAAUGUUUAUAUGAUCAACAUGUUCAUUCUGACAGACUGUAAUAAACAACAGGAAGUGUAGAUGGCGCUUAAGAAUGGUCUAUAUAUGUAUAAGAUUUCACACAGUCAAUAUGGCUGACUGUAAUACAAUACAGAUACAGUACAGGCGGCGCUCUAUAAUGCUCUAUAAUGUUCAUAUGAACAACACACUCAUUCUGUCAGAGUGUAAUACAUUACAGGAAGUGUAGGGGCGCUCUAUAAUGCUCUAUAAUGUUCAUACGAACAACACGCUCAUUCUGUCAGACUGUAAUACACUACAGGAAGUGUAGGGGGCGCUCUAUAAUACUCUAUAAUGUUCAUAUGAUCUACACAGUCAUUCUGACAGACUGUAAUACAUCAUGUGAAGCGUAGGGGGCGCUCUAUAAUGUUCAUAUGAUCGACAUGUUCAUUCUGACAGACUGUAAUACACUACAGGAAGUGUAGGUGGCCCUAUAGAACGGUCUAUAAAUGUAUAAGAUUUCACACAGUCAAUAUGGCUGACUAUAAUACAAUACAGGAAGUACAGGGGGCGCUCUAUAAUGCUCUAUAAUGUUCAUAUGAACAACACGCACAUUCUGUCAGACUGUAAUACACUACAGGAAGUGUAGGGGCGCUCUAUAAUGCUGUAUAAUGGUUUAUAUGAUCCACAUGUUCAUUCUGACAGACUGUAAUACAUCAUAUGAAGCGUAGGGGCGCUCUAUAAUGCUCUAUAAUAUUCAUAUAUUCAUAUAUUCAUUCUACACAGUCAUUCUGUCAGACUGUAAUACACUACAGGAAGUGUGGGGGCGCUCUAUAGUGCUCUAU